UUGGUCGUUUUUUAAUGAGAUAAACGAGCCAAGCGGGUUGGAGUUAAUCAGUAUGCUAUCAAAUAUUACGUUGCUACUCUUCAGCAAACUGCUCUGGAAGUAUCGUCUUUAAAUAAAUUCACCAUGGCUUUACUCGUACAAACUUACAAGAUGAAUGUAAUAAGAAGAUCAUUCUGCAGCGCUACUCCAUCAGUAAAAUUGUUUAUCGAUGGACAAUUUGUUGAUUCAAAAAGUACAGAGUUUACUGACGUACAUGACCCAGCGACAAAUAAGUUACUGUAUCGGACUCCAAAGUCUACUAGAUCCGAGAUGGAAAGUGCUGUAGAAAGUGCUAAACAUGCAUAUGAAAAAUGGCGAGAUAGUAGUGUGUUAACCCGACAAGGACUUAUGCUCAGAUAUCAAGCUCUACUUCGCGAGCGCUUGAAAGAGAUAGCCUUUACUAUAGUAAGAGAAAACGGGAAAACUAUGGCCGAUGCUGAAGGAGACGUGCUGCGGGGUAUACAGGUAGUGGACGCGUGUGCAGCGAUCCCGAUGCUCCAGAUGGGAGAAUCUACGCCGAACGUAGCUAAAGACAUGGAUAUAAUUUCAUACAAAAUUCCUCUAGGUGUCACAGCGUCAAUUUGUCCUUUCAACUUCCCGGCGAUGAUCCCGCUCUGGUCGUUUCCCAUAUCGGUUGCUUGUGGGAAUGCAACGAUACUGAAACCCUCUGAAAGAGUUCCCGGAGCCUCGAUAAUCCUCGCCGAGUUGUUCGCCGAAGCCGGAGCACCUCCAGGUCUGCUUAACAUAAUCCACGGACAGCACGCAGCAGUCGAUUUUAUCUGCGAGCACCCGGACAUCCGUGCAGUUUCCUUCGUAGGCUCAGAUCAGGCUGGAAAAUACAUUUACAAGCAAAGUAGCGCUCAUGGCAAACGUGUCCAGUGUAACAUGGCCGCUAAAAAUCACUGCAUCGUAAUGCCAGAUGCCAAUAAAAAUAAAACAGUAUCGCAAAUCGUCGGCGCGGCUUUUGGAGCCGCGGGUCAACGUUGCAUGGCUUUAUCAGUGGCCGUGUUCGUAGGAAAAGCUCGCGAGUGGAUCCCAGAUUUAGUUGCUGCCGCAAAACAACUAAAAGUAAAUGCUGGUCAUAUUCGUGGCACUGAUCUCGGUCCAGUUAUCUCUCCGCAAGCUAAAGAACGCAUUCACAGUUUAAUUGAGUCCGGUGUCAAUGAAGGCGCUACGCUAGACCUCGAUGGCCGGGGGAUCGUCGUUCCCGACUUCGAAAAUGGUAAUUUUGUCGGACCUACUAUCCUAUCUGGCGUUGAGUCACACAUGAAGUGCUACACUGAAGAAAUUUUUGGACCCGUUUUAUCAUGCAUGUUUGCUGAUACUCUAGACGAAGCUAUUAAAAUAAUAAACGACAGUCCUUAUGGCAACGGUACCGCUGUUUUUACAACAAAUGGAGCAACAGCACGAAGUUUUAUCAACAGAAUUGAAGCCGGACAAGUCGGUAUCAAUGUACCAAUUCCCGUACCUCUGCCAAUGUUUAGUUUCACUGGCAACAAAGGAUCGUUCCUUGGUGACAAUCACUUUUAUGGAAAAUACGGGAUAAAUUUCCAUACACAAACGAAAACAGUAACCCAGCUGUGGAGAUCUGAAGAUACAACGGAUAUCACGUCUUCUACAGCAAUGCCAACAAUGCAAUAAAUAUCAAUACCAUAUAAAGAAUUGAUAAAAAAAAAAAAAAAUAAAAGAACUCAGGGAAUGUCUUUCUAUAUUAAAUAAAAACUCCACGUCUUCCAAUUAAAGAUUUUAAAUAUAAAAAUGUACUUUUGUAAAGAAAUAUAUAUAUAUGCUUUAAAUAUCAA